GGAGUUGCCGCCUGUCACGUCUGCCAAGCGUGACUAAUAGUUAGCUAAUGGCUAAUCGCCACCCAACGGUGGCGGGGGGAACCGACAACCGCCGCUAUACAACCCUUAUUGCAACUGUGCACUCCAACCCAGACAGUUCUGGAUUAAUGUCAUGCUAUUUUCAGGGUUGAAAGGGAAGAUGCUGGCUGUCUGCCAACAAGAACUAUUUCCCCCGGUCCUCAGCUCUCACCGCAAUUGUCGUUACCUGGCUCGUCAUUGCUCCGACCCCUCUCUAGCUGCGGAACAGUUUGAAGGCUCACUCCCCCUAGAGCGCCCGAGUGGAUAUUACCCGCAUCGAUAUCUUCGAGUCCACCUAAUCUUUCACGAAAGCCUGAUAUGUCGGCCUCCUCUCUUGUCCACCUCCCCAAUGGGCUCUCUCUCUCCGUCACCGCUGUUUUUGGGGGGGUGUCAUUUAAGCUAAAUGAGAUGGCCAUCAACCCCUCCGUCCUACCUCCCGGAUGGACCAUUGUCAUUCGGACAGAGAAGGGUCACUUGAAUUCCCAGCACGAACACGAACACCCAUCUUCCUCUCAAUCUGGCGCAUCUAGCGCAAUUCCCUCGAGAGAAACAUCGUUGUCUCCGCCAGGCGAAUUGUCCGAGAAAGAGUCGAAGUCCAACACAAGAGAGGGGCUUCGUCAUGGCCGUUUCGUAAAACCCACUCUAAAUAGUGAUUGCCUAUUCAUCUCGUCAAUUUCCCUUCCCUCCAGCAGCCAGUUUAAACCAGCCACCUCUCCGACUCGCCAAAUCGCCAUGUUGCUCUACGCAACCCUAUGGUGGUAUUUUCACCUGCCCGCUCCAGACCCGCACAUCUCAACUGAAGAGUCCAAGUUAACCCCAGAUUCAGGAAAGCCAAAAGGAGGAUGGCGCGUUUAUAUCAAGCGCCAGGGAAUCUUCAAGGGAAGGCAUCUCAUGCAGAAACUAGAGCGAAUGGGUUUAAUCAGAACUACAGAUUCCUUCGUGGGCUGUGGGCCGGCUGACGUGCAUGAUGCCACUGGGUGGACGAACAUGUUCACCAGCCGUCGUACCUUCUGGCAAACUGAUGCGCGCAUUUUUCUCUUCAAGCUCUCCCCUAGGCAUAUCACCCCUCCCACCUUCGAGUUCCCGGGUAGCCCCGAUCGGGACUCUGUCUCCGUAACGACGGACAUGAGCAGUACUGGGACAAUUAGCCCCCCAGAAAACAUGAACUUCGUGAUUCCUAGAAGGCGCGGCGAUCCAUUUACUUCGGGUAGUAAUUUACCUACUUUCUUUCCCCCGCCUCCUCCAGAAUUUAUCUUCACGAAUGGGAUACGCCACCCGCUCCGCCAGAAGCCCCCCCGACAGGGUGAGGUCUUUUACACCCGUUAUAUCCCUAGUUUACGGCAAACCCUGUCGUUUCGAGUUCCAAUCUUGCCUUCUAAAUUAUCAUCAGCCCUAGGCAACAUACAAAUUUAUCAUAAAAAGUCCAGGAGCGCCCCUUCAAUUUCCUCAACUACGGGUUUAGAGGUUGUGGAUCCGGAAGAUUCUCCUUCUGAUCUCGAGCUCUUGUCCAGAUGGAUGAAUAAUCCUCGAGUCAACAAGGCUUGGGGCGUUGCUGGACCCCAGUCGGUCCAAGAGAACUUUCUCCAAGCUCAGUUCAACUCGCGACACUCAUUCCCUGCCUUUGGCUGCUGGGAUGGCCGCCCGUUUGGAUAUUUUGAAAUCUACUGGGUAAAGGAGGACGCUCUAGGACCUCUGGUACCUGGGCCUGUAGGCAACUAUGAUCGGGGCCUUCAUUGCCUCGUAGGCGAGGAGGAAUUUAGAGGUCCUCACCGCGCCCCUGUUUGGCUCUCAGCGUUGGUCCAUUUCUGCUGGCUGGCUGAUAACAGGACGGAAACAGUAAUGAUGGAGCCAAGGGUUGAUAACACAAAUAUGAUUUCCUAUCUUCAGGCUAUCGGUUUUAGCAAGGAUGGCGAAGUUACCUUUCCACAUAAACAAUCCGCUUUGAUGAGAAUCAGACGGGAAAACUGGGAAGCUCCUUUGCUCUAGCUCUUUAUCCGUACAUCACGCACGCCUUCUCACCUCCACCCCGCGGAGGCAGUGGGAAGUUGGGUUCUAAAGGCGGAUUGGUAGAGGGAUCUGUAAUCGCAUGCCAGUAGCUAUCACCCCUACUACCCCCGCCAACCAUCAGCAAAUAUUUACAACUUCCAAGGGUAUAGCUGCAGUGUACCCUACAUAGGGAUUGCGUUUCAAAACCGCCUUAAACGGUAUACGCAUAACCGCGCCGCAUUGCGCAGUUUGUAUAGCUCUCUCCUUUUCUCAUCCAAAACACGGCCGCCCUCCCUUUAUACUCCAUUCAACCCCCACAUCUACAUUUAUCUAAGUCGGGAAACUAUACUCUACCUGAACAGACUACUGUGUGAAGUACUGCUGUAAACAUAAUUUCUAUUUUUAUCGCGAAAAACAAGUAAUCCCAUGCUUAACAUGAUAUUUUACGACUAAACGCAAACGAGCACUUGGGAAUGGUAACAAAUUAUCUUUUCUCUUUGGUUUCGGCUCAUGGUUUAGUAGGGAGCUUUGUUUAUAGCUUUAUUUCCGUUGUUUUAUUGGUAUUGUUCCAUCUAUAAAAGAAACAUAUAUAGUUCCUUGUUUUAGAGGGCCACCGGAAUGUCAUUCAUUUGAUUUGAAAGAUGUGUCUGUAUAUAGUAGCAAGGGGAAAUUCUAAAAAUGGGGAGUCUAGUUGCAAUGCCAGGUCCUUUUGCCUUCUUCAGCUUGAACUUCUGAAUUCCGUACAUGUGCAUGUAAGGCGUGAACACGCCACUAAUCCUUCAUAUUGUUUGAAUAUGGUUUGUUAUCUCUAUUCGUUGUUUUCACCUAGAGAACGGACGGACUAAAGAAGAGCAUAAUAACCAUCAAACGGUAUUCUAGCGAAUUGUGUGAUUUGGGCAACCGUUGAGGACAAGAAUCGAUCGGUUGAUAAAGCAAGGAAGAAUCCGAAUGGAAUAGUAGAGCUCGGGAUAACGGGGCGGACGGAUCAGCAUGCUUGAUAGAGACGUGUCAUAUCUCCAAUUCAUCCACUAUGGAAUUUCAG